CAUAGAGCCCAUAGAAUGACCCCAGCCCCAUUAAUUGCCCACUCGUCCAUCCCCCAUUCAUUCCUAUGGGGCAACAGCGCCGCCAUUAUCCCCUGUCAAUCAACGAGUCCACUUCCGGUCUUAGCCCCGCCUUUUCCGCCCGAACUGCAACCGUCAAGUGUCAACUUCCGGUCUUAGCCCCGCCUAUUCCGCCCGGACCCGAGUAGUCAAUCAAUAGGAAGCGGGAUUGGUCAGAAACCGGAAACGGAAGUCCCUCCUGAAGGCAUGGCAGUCUCAACUUCCGGUUUUGGCCACGCCUUUUCCGCCCUUACUUCAGCCAUCAGCCAAUGGGAAGCGGGUUGUUUCACAAGCCGGAAGCGGAAGUCGCUCGGUCAGUCCGUCACUUCCGGAAGAUGAACGGGGCGGUGGAUCAAGAUGGCGGCGGGGGCAGCGGCUGCCGGCGGCGAUACCGGGCCUUAAAGAGGAGAUUGAGGCUCCUGCUUUAUGAGCAGGAAUGUUUCCAGGAGGAGCUGCGCCGAGCACAGAGACGACUGCUCAGGGUGUCCAGGGAUAAGAGUUUCCUCCUGGACCGGCUGCUGCAAUACGAACAAGUGGACGACGACUCAUCAGAUUCCGAUGCCACGGCCUCCUCCGACAGCGAUGGGGAAGCACCAAAGGGGGCGGAGCCUCCUCCCCUUAAAAGGAAGCGCAGCCCAACGGGGGGCGGAGCCUCCCCACCAUCCAAUCCCGGAUUGGCCCCGCCCACUUCCUAUUUGAGCACGCUGGGCUCCCCCCCCUACAGCCCGUUCCCCAGCGAUUACUUGGCCCCCCCCGAGCGGCCGCGAGGACCCACACGGCGCAACAAGGGAGCCAGACGGAUACAGUUCUUGGUUCCGGUUCCGGUUCCGUUUCGGCUCCUCCCCCCCCCCCAAAGGCUCCGGGUCCGGUCCCACAGACGGUGCCACGGCGGCUCCUCAGCGACGGGGGGGACGGCAGCGGGGACGACGGCAUGGAUGGGGAUGAUGAGCUGGUCAUUGAUAUACCUGAGCCAUAAAGCACCCAAAAUCGACCUAAAUGGGCCCAAAAUGGACCCAAAUGGACCCAAAAUGACAAGAAAUGGCCCCAAAAUUGACCAAAAUAGCAUCAAAUGGACCCAAAAUGGCAUGAGAUGGAUCCAAAUUGACCCAAAAUGGACCCAAAAUGGCAUUAAAUUGACCCAAAAUUGACCAAAAUGGCAUCAAAUUGACCCAAAAUGGCAUCAAAAUGGCCCCAAAAUGGCAUGGAUGGGGACGAUGAGCUGGUCAUUGAUAUACCUGAGCCGUAAUGGACCAAGAUUGGACCCAAAAUGGACCCAAAAUGGCAUGAAAUCGACCCAAAAUGGACCCAAAAUGGACUCGGGGGAGCUGGGAGAUUCCAGAGGACCCAAAUCCCAUCCAAAUUGACCCAAAAAUGGCUGGAAAAUGGGCCCAAAUGGACCCCAGAUGACCCCAAAAUGGCAUGAAAUAGACCCAAAAUGGCAUGAAAUCAACCCAAAAUGGACCCAAAUGGACUCAGAUCAACCCAAAAUGGCAUCAGAUGGACCCAAAUAAAGCCAAAAUGGACCCAAUUGGACCCAAAAUGGCGUCAAAUGGACCCAAAUUGACUCAAAAUGGACCCAAAAUGGCAUUAAAUCAACCCCAAAUUGACCCAAAAUCACAUUAAAUUGACCUAAAAUGGACUCAAAUUGACCCCAAAAUCGCAUCGAAUCAACCCAAAAUGAACCCAAAAUGGCAUUAAAUUGACCCAAAUGGACCAAAAUUGGAAACAAAUGGACCCAAAUCAACCCAAAAUGGCAUUAAAUUGACCCAAAAUGGACCCAAAAUGGCAUUAAAUUGACCCAAAAUAGACCCAAAAAGGACCCAAAUUGACUCAAAAUGGACCCAAAAUCGCAUUAAAUGGCCCCAAAAUGGACCUAAAUAAGCCCAAAAUGGCAUGAAAUGAACCCAAAAUUGACCCCAAAUGGAUCCAAAUUGACCCAAAAUCACAUAAAAUUGAACCAAAAUU